AUGGAGUUGAAUAAUGACAUGGAGUCUAUUGUGGAGACCAUGAUGCAACAGCUUCUGUCUAAAGAAAUUCUUCACGAGCCUAUGAAAGAAGUUGGAGAACGAUAUCCAAAAUGGUUGGCAGACAAUAAGACUAAAUUGAGCAGCCAAGAAUAUGAACGUUAUUCCCACCAAUAUGAGCAACUGAUUUGUAUGGUUUUGGAUGUUGGGUUCAUUUGGUUUUGUGGACUGGUGCUGUUUAGUCCAUCUUGA